UGCCCUCGUUUGUCCUCUCUCAGCUGCAUCUAACGGCCACCUCGGGCCGUUGCAGUUCUUUCAUAUCCACUGGCUGGGCAAGGGAAUAGGCGAUCAUUGGAUCCGCUGUCGUCUGUGCUCGCCACCUGAAAAAGAAGCUCGCAACGGCUGCUGCUCCACGAGCACGCGACCCGACCAGGCACAUACAGCACCGAACGGACACAGGCCAGGGUGAGGCCAUCCACCUGCUCCAAGAGUGGCCACCUUUAGCCGGCUUUUAGCAAGGGCUCCUCCUUCCAAUUUAAGCCAGACGAAGCUGAUAAAGAUCUGUCAAAAUCAGCUGAUUUCGUUAGAAAGGGAGGGUGGUUAAACAUCCAAAUAUUCAGUGAAACCUAAUUCCAAAGUGCUCAUCUCCAGAAGUCAACGCACGCUGUUGCUGCCUCGAAUCCACGAUUGAAAAAAUAGCUGUUCUUUCAAGCUUCUGUUCGCUGUUGUUCUGUAACUGUGUAAUGUGUGUGCGCAUACUUAAACCCCAGACUUCGUUAUCGAAACUACAAAGUCGAAGUAAGAAGCUGUCCGUUGUUACUGCUGGCGUUAUGUAACAGGCUACAUAUGCUUGAAAAAAGGAACGUUAAAGGCGAGACGCACUCGCCCAGAGACAAGAAUAGCUAACCCGCCCAGUACAAUAGCAAGCUCAUUUCGAAGAUUUGUUACUCUUCUGAGCUGUUUAUGUCACAACACGAGUGAGUACUAUCUGUGUUAGCGACAAGUACCUUGAUAGCAAGAGCACCCGAGUGAAGCUGAAGGGCCGGUACAGUGAAGCUCUGCAGUCCGCAACCUGCCCUCGACUAAGCGACCACCUUCAUCACCUAUUAGGCAGAGCAAAAUUGAAUUAAGGCUGUCGGAUAUCCGCGUCAGUAACUAUAGGUGCAAAAAACAGAUACGAACUUUCAGCAAGAGUUCAGCUGUCACUUUUCCUAGGGCCAAUGCUGUUGGCGCCACCAGCCGUUGCGUCAAUUGUGCAUGUGCGUUUGUGACUGCCACAUGCGGUGUGCCGUUGCACUGUACAGAUCGAAUGAUAAGCUAGCUACAAAAUAGCUAGUUGCCGUUCGUGGUGCAUCAACGAAGAGAUCACGGCCCCAUCAUCGGUCGACACCAUCAGCAUAUUAUAAACAAAAGCAUUCACAACGACUUCGAGAAAGCACACGAUCAACAGUCAGCAGUCGUCGCCGUUGCCUUUUCUGUGGUCUCUCUUAAUCGUGGCUUACUAGCGGUGGUUGAAUCGUUAGAAACGCGGGCGUUCGAUCGUUCUUGUAUGACUGUUUCGCUAGUCGUAGCGUAGUGAUAGCGCGGUGCGGUAACGGCGAAUUUUGUAAGUUCCCAAAGAGCCGGUGGGUGUACGCGAAUACGAUCCACGUUCGACGCUGUGCUAGAUAAAUUUUAUUUAUGGCGUAAACUUCAAGUGUAAAAGUAGUGAACUAAUGAUCUGAAGGGAAAUCGCCUGUUACGCCUGCUGUUCGUAAACCUUGUGGCUUGUUCUGUGUAUCGUCAAGAGUGAUAAUCACAUAGACAAUGGAGACCGUCAUUCGAGAGAAGUUAUUGGCGUUCAGUCAGUGGUUCUGGAAUGAAGAUGUCUGGCUACCCCCUGGCACCACUUGGGCACAUAUAAAGGACACGUCAAAAGUGAACUACGCCCAAAUUGAACAGCUGUACCACGCAUUCUAUGUCGCAUUAAUCCUGUUUAUAAUUCGGAUUGUCGUUGAGAAAAAUGUGUUCAAACCAAUCGGACGGUGGUUCGGCCUGCGGCCUCGUCCACAACGGCCCAUAAUCAAAAAUGAGAAGGACGUACUACUGGAAAAGGCAUUUAGGUCCGCUCAGGGUAUUAAAGGUGCCCAGCACAAACCUCCGGCAGAUAUCCUAGCGCAAGUGGUCCCACUUAUAGGGCUGGCGGAGCGAGAAGUAGAGCGUUGGUGGAGACAACGGGCCCGCGCUGACAAGCCGACAUCGCUUGACAAAUUUUCAGAAUCCGGUUGGCGUUGUACCUAUUAUGCUGCCGCUUUCGCUUAUGGAUGCUGGUGUCUAUCCGAUAAGCCAUGGCUCUGGGACACUAUGUACUGCUGGUAUGAUUUCCCACAUCACGAUAUGACCAACGAUGUUUGGUGGUAUUACAUGAUUGAGUUAGGCUUCUAUAUUUCGCUUACGUUCUCCCAAUUCCUUGACGUCAAACGCAAGGAUUUUUGGCAGAUGUUCGUUCAUCAUAUCGUCACAAUUAUGCUGAUGGCCUUCUCGUGGACGUGCAAUCUCACGCGUAUCGGCACGCUGGUAAUGUUGCUACACGAUUUCGCAGAUGUCCCUCUCGAGGCUGCCAAAAUGGCGAAGUACGUGAAAAAGCAGCGCGUGGCUGAUUUGUUGUUUGUCGUGUUCACUCUUUCAUGGAUCGUCUCCCGACUGGGUCUCUAUCCCUACAGGGUCAUUUAUUCCACAGCCUACCAGGCCACUUUCGUCAUCGAAAUGUUUGCGGCCUAUUACAUUUUUAACAGUCUUUUGCUGGCACUUCAAGUACUCCACAUUAUCUGGACGGUGUUUAUCGUAAAGAUUGUCAUUCAGGCCUUGACCAGCCCGGGUGUGAGUACCAUUAAAGAUCUUCGUAGCGAAGACGAGUCAUCUACCUCUGACGAAAAGGAAGACUAGACCCGGCAGCACGGCACUGAAUAGUUAGCGUCUUGACGAAGUUAAGCAUUAAACGCGUAACUUCUUGAGGCUUCCAUCAUUUAAUAUCACAAGACGGCAUCUUGCACAGAUUCGCUGCGCAGUAUUCAUUAUCGUGGACGAAUUCGUCCCUCGGGUAUUCACCGUUAAAUCUGCUGAAAAAUAUUAUUUAUAGACAUUCUCAUGUAUGAUGUAACACCAUACACACAUGUUACUAGAGUAAUAGCCAACAUGCUUGUCUCUACGCACUCCGAUUGAGAAAGUUACGCAAAUCCGGACAUCCAAGUUAUUGCGUUCAAACUUCCAAUGUCACAAAGCGGUGUAGGGUGUACUACUCGCAAGAGGGCGCUACAGCGUAAGUGUAAAGCAAUGUGACAAUUCGACUAUAGGAAUCAAUGACUAAUUUCACACUAUAUCUGAUACAACAAUGUUGAAAACAUUAGUUCUCAUUGGCUACACCACGCAGAUCGAAAGUAGUGUUGAUCUGCGGAUAAUUCGCCAGAUCGGAGAAACUAGAAAAGACGAACGUAAACCCUGUAGAGUAUGAAUCUUCCGACAAAAAAAGAUCAGCCACUGACUGAGAGGAGGGGUGGAGGACUUGGUGAAAGGAGGCCGAUAGCAAUAUUUACUAAUGAUACGUUUGAGAUAACCAGUGAAAACCGCACCAUCGUAUAAUGGUGCCGAUAGAUAUGUAAUGGUAUAGUAAACCGAGGUGGAUUUCGCAAUGCGAAACAAGCAAGAUGCUAGAUUACGAGGGUGAUAGGAGCACCGCGACGAUGGUUUGUCUAUACCACAGUUUAGGAGUGGAUUUCCGUUGAAGGAAGGUAUGGAAGUGAAUAUCAUUUGUGUUUGAUGGUCAUAUCAGCGAGACAAGUGAUUAGAUGGUGAAGUAGAGCGUGAUCGAUGGCCACUGAUUGAUCUGCGCAUCGCAUGUGCGGCCUCCAAGGACAAAUCUUGCCCACCUUUGGUUGAACAAGAACGAUUGUGGAGAGUACUAUCGCAGAUUUGUACCUGUUGUAUUUACCUACGGUUCAUGUCAAUGCACAGCGUGGUUUCCCUGCGGUGCACCGAUAUGACUGUGUAACUUGUCAUGUGCUUUAUCUGUCGGCCGCGGGCUGAUGCAAACGACGACGACGACGACGACGAAACUUAGGCUAGCGUGCGUCUAUCUGAGUGUGUGCUUGUAUCAAAGCGUAUGGGAAGGGGGCUCUUAGGGCGGUAGGCGUUUGGGCCUGUAUAUAACAACAUGGUUAUCUUCAUUGUUGUUAUAUUAUUGAUAACUGAUGGACGGAAUAAAGGAAACCGAACGGCGUAUUAUGUGUGAACUUUAUCUUCAUUAAUACAUUUACUAAUAGACGAAAAAUACAGAUUUAGCAGCUCGCUAAGAGUGCGCAAACAAUUAGCUGAGUAGAAGAGAGGGGAAAACCAGAACGUAUACAAAGAUCGAUCUACAUAAAAACAUUAAACGCAUAUUACCCAAAACGUAUAACAAUUACACGUUACGAUUUUCUUAGCCGUGCAAUUCAACGUUCUUAAGACAAUAAAAACCAUAAGCAAAAGCUGAGAAAAAGCGAAAGACAGGCAUUGCGUGUUGAUACGGCAUAUAUAGGUGAUCGCGCUGAAACCCCCAUGAGAACCCAUUCCGUCAACCAGCAACGUUCCAACAUCAUAUUGCUUUUAUGCUUAGCUGAUUCCGAUUUUCCGAGAUCCUUGUUCGUGUUGAUAGAUUUGAAUUAAUGAAAUACGAUUAUUUGUAGUACUUUGUUAAUGAUACAAUUACUGUUACUUCUACUGAUAGUAUACUCAUUCUGACUUGAAUGCAAAUGACCAGAACUAGUAGAAGUACAUAGAUUCUGUCUAACAGAAUAGGCGAUAAGUAUGUUAGAACAGCAGUGGACAUGAGUUGUAGACGUUAGUGGCGUAACUAUAUGAAAAUACCGUAUAUCUGUAUAAAAUAUAUCGAAAGUGGCCAUCUAAACUAUAUACUAGGGUAUAUAAAUAACAAAAUCAAUAAUUUCUACUGGCUAUUAUUCUUGUAAUCAACUAGUAAUGCUCAGAUGCACUGAGGCGGGUCGCCUGAUUCACAGCUCUGAUCAACUUUUCCAGUACAUUUCUACGGGGUGACCAGCAGUAGCAGCAGCAGCAGCGAAAACAACAACAGACAUUUAAGAUCAGUGGCCGAAAUGCUAGACCUCUUUUUCACUCACUGGUUAAUCGCAAGGAAGAACGUAUUUGAUUAUACACGCACUAAAAAUCAAAUAAACGUAUCCAGGUCAGGUAAAAAAAAAUGCGAUGGAUGGCAAGAAUGAAUGAAUUAAAAAAUAUAUCGCCACAAAAAAUACAUCAAUAGGUCGCUGCUCAUUUCUGUAAAUAAUAAGUCACAAGGAUCGUUUUCUACUUCAACCGUUUGUAGCCAACCUUUUUCCUAUACUUAAACGUUGCUCCGUUCGAUCACUGGGGUUCUGUUAGAUCCUUCGUAGAGAAUCCUAGCAAUUAUAAUAGCAAUCAUGAUACAAAAAAAAUAAAAAUGGUAACCGGAGAACGUUCGCAGCCGGGUCACCAGUUUAACCGAUCAGACCAAUGAAAACGAAGUAAUGCACAAAGGCGAAAGGAUAAAAAUCGAAUAAAUCGUAUAACGAAAGGCUAUGACAUUGCGUUAAUACGACAAAAUUAGGGAAAGAAGAAUAUACACAACAAAAUAAAUUAUAUAUAAAUAUACAGAACUGUUCUAAUGCUGACGUUAUUACAAUAAGGUGCUGUAAAUAAAAAAAAAUAUAUAUACAAAGCCAGUA